AUGGGUGGCCAGGUGAGCGCUGCCAGCAGCUUCCCAAGCCUGCGCUGUAGGAACGCCAACGCGGACUGGAUGUCGGGGCUGUGCCCCCAGCUGUGGGACGUGCCCCUCCACCACCUCUCCAUCCCAGGGAGCCACGACACGAUGACCUACUGCCUUAACAAGAAGUCCCCCAUUGCCCACGAAGAGUCCAAGCUGCUGCAGCUCCUGAGCAAGGUCGUCCCCUGCAUCAUCCGCCCUGUGGUGCUGAAGUGGUCCAUCACCCAGGUGCUGGACGUCACGGAGCAACUGGAUGCCGGCGUGCGCUACCUGGACCUGCGGAUUGCACACGCACCUGAGGGCUCGGCAAGGAACCUGCACUUCGUGCACAUGAUAUACACAACUGCGCUGGUAGAGGACACGCUCACGGAGAUCUCGGAGUGGCUGGAGAAGCACCCCCGGGAGGUGGUCCUCCUGGCCUGCAGGAACUUUCAGGGCCUGAGCACGGACCUGCACGAGUACCUGGUCACUUGCAUCCAGAACAUUUUUGGGGACAUGCUGUGCCCACGGGGGGAGGUGCCGACGCUGCGCCAGCUGUGGGCACGGAGCCAGCAGGUGAUCAUCUUCUACGAGGACGAGGACACCGUGAGCCGGCACAGGGAGCUGUGGCCGGGGGUCCCCUACUGGUGGGGCAACAAAGUGAAGGUGCAGGAGCUGAUCCGCUACCUGGAGGGCAUGAAGAGCUGCGGCCGCCCAGGCGGGUUGUUUGUGGCUGGUAUCAACCUUACGGAGAACCUGGAAUACAUCCUGGUGCAUCCCUGUGAGUCCCUGCAGAAGAUGACGGUGCCUGAACUGCCGUACCUGAGCACCUGGGUCCGAGCGCAGUGCCCGGGGCCGGGCUCACGGUGCACCAACGUCAUCGCGGGUGACUUCAUCGGCGCGGACAGUUUCGUCAGUGACGUCAUCAGACUCAACGAGAAGCUGCUUUGGUGCUGA